GGAGGACUUGACUCCAGCUCCGAAUGGAGGGCGGAGGGAAGAGACGCGGCCGCAGAGCUGUGUAGACACGUUCUAAAUGUAGCUCGGAAACGAGUGGCGUUUUGUAAAGCGAGUGUGUCUCCUGGUAAUGUAAAGCAAUCAAGGAUUUGUCUUAAAGUAGCCUGGCUUAUUGACAAGUUUUCCAGAAGAAUUGCUGUUAUGGCAACUCAGGUGCUGGGGCAGUCUGGUGGGAACAGCCUAUUUUCUGGCAGUGCCAACAUUGGCAUGGCACUGUCUAACGACAUGUAUGACUUGCAUGACCUUUCCAAAGCUGAGCUGGCAGCCCCUCAGCUUAUUAUGUUGGCAAAUGUGGCCUUGACAGGAGAAGUUAAUGGCAGUUGCUGUGAUUACCUGGUUGGAGAAGAGAGGCAAAUGGCUGAAUUGACAACUGUAGGUGACAGCAACUUUUCAGAUAGUGAUGGAGAGGGCAUGGAAGAUACACAGGGAGAGGACAGCGACCCUGAUGGACCUGAAACCAUGGAAUUAGGGGCUCUUGAAAUUCCUAGUGUGGAAAGCCAGGGUCCAGCCGUUUGCCCUACUCCUGAGCCCUGCAGUCUGGACAAGGACCACCUCACCCUGGAAGCACCAGAUACUCCAGAGAAUGCAGAGGACAAAUGUAAAAGCUUGAAAAGCAAGCCAUUUCGUUGCAAACCAUGCCAUUAUGAGGCAGAGUGUGAGGAGGAGUUUGUGCAUCACAUUAGAGUGCACAGUGCCAAGAAAUUCAUUGUAGAGGAAAAUGCAGAGAAGAAAGCCCAGGUCAAGGAAUCUGAUUCUUGCACCACAGAAGAGGCAGAUUUCUCUAAGGGGCCUAUUCGCUGUGAUCGCUGUGGCUAUAACACUAACAGAUAUGAUCACUAUCUGGCACACUUGAAACACCACAACAAAGCAGGAGAAAACGAGAGAGUGUACAAGUGCACCAUAUGUACUUACACCACUGUCAGUGAGUAUCAUUGGAAGAAACAUCUAAGAAAUCAUUUUCCUAGGAAGGUGUACACGUGCUCCCAGUGCUCCUACUUUUCAGACAGGAAGAACAAUUAUAUUCAACAUAUUCGAACUCAUACUGGAGAACGUCCCUAUCAAUGUUCUAUGUGCCCCUAUUCAAGUUCUCAGAAGACUCAUCUAACCAGGCACAUGCGAACUCAUUCAGGGGAGAAGCCAUUUAAAUGUGAUCAGUGCAGCUAUGUGGCCUCAAACCAGCAUGAAGUUACUCGCCAUGCAAGGCAGGUUCACAAUGGGCCCAAACCUCUGACUUGCCCGCACUGUGACUACAAAACAGCCGACCGAAGUAACUUCAAAAAGCAUGUGGAGCUCCAUGUCAACCCACGCCAGUUCCUUUGUCCUGUCUGCGAUUAUGCUGCAUCCAAGAAAUGUAACUUGCAGUAUCACAUCAAAUCCCGGCACCCUGAUUGUUCAGAUAUCACAAUGGAUGUUUCCAAAGUGAAACUGCGGACUAAAAAGAGCGAAGCCGACUCUUCUGAAAAUGGGAAUGACAAGCUGGAGAAAGAGCAAACAAAAGGAGAGUCACCUGAAAGGAAAAACGAGGGAGCUGUAAAGGUGGAGAAGAAAGAGAGCUUAUCAAAGGAAAAGAAACCGGCCAGCAGCAUUUGUGUAGGCCAGGUGACAACCAGGAGUCGUAAAUCAGCUUCUGAAUAUAAGGAGGUAGAUAUUAAAAGUGAGAAAAGUACAGAGAAAUCAAGACAGACAAAGAAGGCUAAAAGGAAAGCAGAGGCUGUGCUAGUUUCCUCGAAGCAAGAGCCUGCAAAUGACACACAAACAGUAGCAAAAAAGAAAAAGAAAGUGGAAAAUAAAUCCAGAAACUGUCAGGAAGCUCAAAAAAGAGAAGUAAAAUUGGAGGUGCCUAAAAAACUGAACUCUUGCCUUAAGAAAAACAGAAAAAAGAAAGCUCUGAAGAAUAAGCACAGUAAGAAAAGCAAUAAGCCUGAUCAGGAAACGGUCCACAAAGAGGUAAUCCCUGAAAAGCCUCCUCUUCUAGAACAGGCCAAAAAGGGGAAGGCUGGCAGUGAUGGGACUGACCAGCAGAAGGAGCCAGAUCCUGUUGUUAGUCCACUGUUAGUGAGCAAGGACAGCCCGGUUCCUGAUGAGGAAAGCCAGGCCAUCAAUGGAGAGUGCGCGCAGGACCAGGGACCACUUCCCCCACAGCUUCCAGAUGACAACGUAGAGGUGAAAGACCAAGAAAUGCCCACUGCAGAGGAGGAGGAGAAAGAAACUGUUGAUCAGAAAGAAGUUGAAGAACAGCCUGAUAAAGAGCAAGCCACAUGUUCUGAGGAGUCUCCUAGUACAUCAUCAUCCUCUCAGCAAAACUUACAGGAGCCAGCGGAUGCAUUACCAGGUUUGGCACCUCAGCUGGACCUGGUGCAAACUUGUGAGGCAGAACCGGUGAUUAAUCCAGAUCCAGUAGAUCUGUCUGAAACAGAGAUGCCAGCUGAAGAACCAGCACCACAGUCACCAGAGAAGUGUGAGUCAGACCCUAAGGACGCUCUGGCCUUGGCACCUGCAGAUAACGUGGCAGCGAAUGAAUCUCAGGAAAUGGAGGAGGACGAAGGCAUCCACAGUCAUGACGGCAGUGAUAUAAGUGACAACGUGUCAGAAGGAAGUGAUGAUUCCGGCUUGAAUGGUGCUCGAGCAGUGCUGGAGGAAACAAGUAGCAAAGCGGCACAGGAAGCUGCAGAGGCCAAGAUUGCAAAGGAGAACUAUGUGUGUAUUUUUUGUGACCGCUCAUUUAAAAAAGAAGGCGAAUACAGUAAGCAUCUCAAUCGCCACUUAGUGAAUGUGUAUUAUCUUGAGAAGGCAACAAAGGAGCAGGAAUAACCAAACUGCAGUUUGAUGGCAAGGUUAUCCUUUUGUUUGUAAGAUCUCACACAGCUUAUGUACAGUUCUUACAGGCUGUUUAAAGCAUGGUUUGCUUUAAUUAGUGUCUACAUUUUUUUAAGUUGAAAAUACUUUUGCCAACUUUUUGUGUAAUGUUGACUUCAUUAAUUGUAUGUCUUGAUUAAAGAAGACAUGUAGGGUAUGCGAGGCUAUAUAUUAUUAAAUCAGCGUAAGCCUCUAGUCUGUUCGUUUCUGCACAAAUUAUUUUAUAAAUUGAGUUUUAGCAAACAGACUAUAGCUACACCUGCAUAAUUCAAAUGCUUUUUGAACCAAUGGGAUAAGUUUCUUUUCUUUCGGAGCAGUUUUUCUCAAACUAAUUUUUAGUUCAGUUAUCAUAACAUAUCUUUGUAUGAUAAGUGUUAAAUUACUAAUUGAUUUUUCUACAAGGAGGAUGACUUCUGUUUCAUUGAAAGAGCACUUUGUAAAACAAAUUAAAUUUGUCUAGAGAUAAACAUAAUCAUUUGAAGAUAAUUGUCAUUUUGAAUAUACAUUUCAAAUCCCCUAAUCACGAGCAGUAAGCCAAAAUUUGGAAGUAGUAUUUCCAAUUUUGUUGAUUGGAAAACACAUAUCUUGGUAAAUGUGUUAUUUGAAACAGUGGUUGUAAUUGGCAUAGUUAGGAGGGAAGGAAGGGUUAUUUUUUAAUCUUUACUUUUGAUUGUGCUUUAAAGGGCUUAAAAUAUUGCACAUUAUAGUUUUGAUUUUUACCUAUGCAGUUUAAUCCUUUAGAAUAGCAUUUGUGCAGGAUAUGUACACUCUAUAUGCAUGUUUUAUUUUGUUUGUGUCAUUUUUUUAUGUUGAAAGUUUCAGAUUUGUUGCUUACCAUGGGCCAGUUUUCUUUAAUAUUCUUUCCUACAGUUCUUGUUUUCAUGGGGUAUAGUUAUUGGUUGCUGGUUAUAUUUUUUAAGUAGCUUUAAAAUUGUAUCGUUUUUGGGCAAAGGAUGAUGAUGCAGGUUCAAAACAUUUUGAAUAAGCAUUUGUGGCAUUUUCAUUGUAUUUUGUCAUGAAAAUAUUACUUCUGCUAUUUGUAAUUCAUAUAGUUUAUUCCUUCUAAUUAAUUUAUAACUUGUGAUCACCAUAAAGUGGGAUAUUUGUUCUAGAGGGAAACAUAUUGCGCAUUUCUAUGAACCUUGGCUUUUUUCUUCUACUCCAUUGCAAUAUGGGCAACUCUAAAUCUCAUGGUUAAAAUAACUGUAGCACUGCUUUGUAAGUAGGAAUCAUCCAAAUCCAGAACCCUGUGCACCAAAAAGACUGGUAAGCAACAAACCUGGAAUUAGGAAAGAUGUAGAAUUUCUUGUUCUUUAUUCAUUCAAGAUUAAUUAAAACAAUUAAAUAAAUAGCCUUGAUCUGUUAAGGGUGACAAAAUAAUAAAUUGGUGGCUGUAUUAUAAACUCAUGCUGAUAUGUGAGGAAAGUCAUAUAAGUAGUAUUUGAAUACAGGGUUCACUGCAGAACAAAACGUGGAUGGUUUUCUGAGGCAUGCAAGUGUUAGGCUGCGUGUGUGCUAGCUGUGUGUCAAACAGGUGAAAAAAACCCCCAUCUUUGCAGCAAGGAAAUCCACAUUUAAGUGCUUAUUUCCAUUUUGGAAAGGGUGCAACCUCCUUGGCUUUUCAGCCCUGAAUGCUUGCUUGGCCUCUGCGGAGCAGUGGCUGUGCAGUCAAAUGUCAGAAGAGCAGAGCCCCCCCCCCCCCCCAGGCUGCAUUUUGUGACAAUUUCUCUGAAUAUGAACUCUGCCAAGAGAAAAAUAAACUCCUGCUUUUCUUCCUCCGCCCCCACGGGACAGGAGAAUUUGUAUUUAUUCUAAUGACUUUUUGUUUUGCCUAGAGACGUAACAUGUUCUAGAAACUGCACAUCAGUGUGCUUAAUGUUACUUGAAUGAAUAGAGAACAACACACUGCUUCUACUUAUGGGAGAGAUUGAGAGAUUGGUAGUGGGAGGCCAAAGAUUUGUGGGGGGAAGAUCCCUCAAGACAGACAGAAACUGUCUAAUGUAUAGAGAGUUUGUGUGUGAUUAGAUAGUAUUCAGUGCUUACCUUGGCUGUGACAAUCAUUGUCAACUGAAGAUCAAGUUGCAACUAUAUUUAUGUUAAAACAUUAAGUAAAUAAACCUAGUUGAAUUGUCUUUCUAAACAACCAGAUGUGAUAGUUUUAGCUACAGCUUUCUUGUUAAUAGCGUGUUGUCUUUCUAUAUAUAAAAUGUUACCUUCUUGUGUAAGAGAGUUGAACUGACUGGGAAUUCCAGUGAUGUGUAGAGGUUCUAUGGAUACCUUCAUAUUUUUCAGAAGUGCUGUUACCAUCUGGCAAGAGAUUUAAAGAACUUUAAUUCUAUUGAGAUAAAGUCUUUAGACAAGCCUGGCUUUUGAGCUAGAAAUAAAAAUAUGGCAGUGACAUGGAGUAAAUUGAAACUAAUUGCCAUCAAAUAAAAGCAGCCUUAUGUUUCUCCAUGUUAACAGUGUAUGCAGCUGGGACACAGGCAGGGCUAAGCCCUUUAUGCUCACAGGGACACCAUGACAAGAAUAAUGCCUAUAUUAGGCAAUAUUCUUUAUCACAAAAUUUGAAAGUGAAAAUAAAUGUGUUAACUAUGAACAGAAAUAAAAUGUGGAUUCUUCCUACUUAAAAAUAUACUGGAGAUGCAGUCUUUUUGCCUUGAAAUACUCGGAUGUGAGAAUAAAACUAUGCUGGAAUUCCCAAUUUUCUGAUUUAUUUUUAAUAGAGCUAAAGAUAGGAAUUUGGAAGUAUGUGAAGGUAAAGCAGCAAAAGAUGUAAUAUGUCACUUAUUUCUAACAAUAUGCUUAGACAUUGCUAAUGAAAUAUUUGAAAUAGGUGUAAAACUUAGAUAACCUCCCUUAUGUGUUCCAGAAUAUGUAUUUUUAACUCUCUCUUUAAACAUAUGUACCACAUUGUGUUUCUUUUCCAAGAAAGUUAAAUUAUUUUGUGUACUUUGUUGCCAGUACUUCUUCCCUGCCAUAGGGUUUCUGGGCAACAAAGCCCGUGACAAUAUCCAACUGUAAGAUGUGGCUGGAAGGAUUGCUGCAGGCAUCCACGUAAUGGUAUCCCACUCUGCCAGUCCCCCAUACUGAGUAAUAUAGUUUUUGGGGCUUUCACAUAUCUGGAAAUAUACACUCAAAAAGUGACCACACAAGAAACUUUAAAGUGGAUAACCAGGAACGUGUAAUCCAUGGCAAUUGCCAUUUCUGAAUUUUGAUCAACUAGGCUGGAACUUUACAUCCUUUGAAAAAUCCAAACUGACAGGUCAGUUAGUAUCCAAUAACGUUGUUGAUUUCAACAGAAUUAUAAUGUCGCUGAUAAGUGUUAAACCAAAUUCAAGAUGGCUCUUGAAUUUUGGUGGUGUAGAUACCUGAUUUACAUACAAUAUUAACUAAAUCCAGGUAGCUAAUGGAAUUGUUCCACAUGUAUAUAUGCUUUUUUCUAAAAUUACACUAGCUAACGAACUUUUGUAAGCUGGCAUUGAAACAUUUGUAUAAUGUUUUGUUGCACCACGUUUGAAGCUUUUACAGUGCAAUACUUCUAUUAUUUUCUGAAUUAAACCAAAGGUAAUUUUUUCAUGCUGUUUAUCUACUGUAGUGCAUGACAACUUUUUAUACAUUUGUAAUAGAUGUAAAACAAACCAGAUCACAAGUUCUGUUUUACCUAAACUAUGUACAAGUCUUUUGUUCAAAAUGUAGUGUAAAGUUAAACUAAAUUGCAUUCUAUUAACUUUGAGUGUAUUUUCCUAAGCAUAGUCAUGAUUAAAUAAACUUCAUUAAACAUGUGGCUUAUCUACCUUUUAUUAAUAAACAGUUGUGCUGUGAAACUUGUCUGUAAAU